AAGAUGGCAGCAGCCAGAGCACAAUCCUGCCCACUGCUGCUGUUCCUGCUGCUGGCACUGUGGGUGGCCCAGCGCCCCACCAGUGCCAAGCCCAAGAACAUGACCUCAGCUCAAUGGUUUGAAAUCCAGCAUGUGCAGCUGAGCCCAAUGAAAUGCAGCAUGGCUAUGAAUCGCAUCAACCAGUAUGAGAAAAACUGCAAGAGAUUUAACACCUUCCUGCAUGAAUCCUUCUCCAAUGUGACCAGCACCUGUCAGACCCCCAACAUAACCUGCAAGAAUGGCCGGGGAAACUGCCACCAGAGCCCAACGCCUGUGUCCUUGACCAACUGUCAGCUGAUCUCAGGGAAGUACCCAAACUGCAGGUACAAUGAGAAGCAAAUGAAUGCAUCUUUCAUCAUCGCCUGCGACCCACCCGAGAAAAGAGAUUCUUGGAAGUUUCCGCUGGUUCCUGUGCACUUGGACAAAGUCCUUUAG